CGUAACGUGUAUGGGGUUUUGCAUAGAGCGGACGACACCGAUCAAAAAGAAAAGAAAAGAAAGAAAGAAAGAGAGGAGUGAGAAAAGAGACCUGUUCCAGGGUUUAGAUCAUAUCAAAACCGCCCGGAUAAAUUACUUGGUUGGCAGAAGCACAAGAACCUGACUUCUUCUUUUGCAAACGAUCAGUCAUCAGUUAAAGCACGUUAUUUCCCUGGAUGGAUGGAUUGGCAGGGAUGAUGGAUGUUAUUUGAGAAAAGCAACCUUCUUUACGUGAAAAUUCCCCCCCAAACUUUCUCGGAGCGGAGAGCACAGUUGGCGAUUUUCGUGAAGCCGCCCCUGUUUUUGUUUUUCUCUUUGGGGGUGUGUUUUGGCAACACGAGUUGAACUUUUGGUCCAAAUGUAUUUGCUGCAUCGCCACAACCACCAACCAAUUAUAUUCCCGCAGUUUGUUCGAGGAACGUUUUUCAUUUUAACAUUUUUGCGCAAGGGAGCCCUCUCACCGCUGCGCGCGCGCAAAAGGAGAAUACUUAUGUAUGGCUAUGUCUACAUACGAAUGCGGGUAUACACCAAACACGACAUCGUUCCCGAUGAACGCUCGUUACGAGACGCCUUCGUUCGUCUACUCGCCCAAGUCUACGGAACAUCUCGUGCGAUGACCCCCGUGGACAUCCUUUUCCUCGGACGUCCAGAGUAUUUGUAUGGAUGCGAUCAAAUACAGGCAUUUGUCCGUGUUCAUAAAGAUGAUGCAGCCAUCGUCAUUGGUGCUUUGGCGGCGUACAGUAAUGCUGCUAAACCAUCCACUUCGAAGGAGGAGGGAGAGGAGGACUACUCAUCGUCAGAGAUAACGGGAUUUUCAUUUAUCAAACGGUCCGCAGUUCUCGCGGAGCUUUCGACCGAUUUGGACGCGUUUAAACAAACUCACAAGAGAAAUCAUCAUUGAUCAAUGAUGGCUUUUGGGUACAGCUGGACUGGCGGG